CUACUCUACACUCUUGUCUGCAUCCGGGCUGCUCCCUGAGGACCUGGGCUGCUGUGCUGACUGUCAGCUGCUUGUCCCGGCAGCCCGGCAUUCCCCCAACUCCUCCAGCUGGUCACGAUGGCUCCCAUUCAAUCCAAACCAGAGCUACCCGUGUCGCAUGCUGGCGUUACGCCUCAGACACUUGGCUCAGCUACUACUUCUGCUGCCGACGAGAAGACUGAUGAGACGCAACAACCAUCGCUGAGCUCCACGCGAGAAGUGACCAGCUCUCCUUCCUUGUUAAUUCCACGAGGCUCACGACCCUCACUUCAGCUCGGUCAUGUUGGCCUUAAGAUUGGCUCAUCGGGUCGUCCGAAACACAAGAAACAGCCCUCACAAUUGCAUCUCGACGCGAACCAUGGCGUUGGUGUUGCCACGAGACCGAUGAGUCCUCCAGGGAGGAGCUCGGGUGCUCCAUCAACGAUCGCACCCAUGGCUCGCAGCACGGGCGGAACCUCCGUCAACGAUGCUAAGAUUCUUCUCUCGCCCGGCCUAGCGGGGCAGAAGACAAACAGUAAGCGCAAGGCAGCUGACACGGCUUCAGGGCCUAACAAGAAACCUCGACUGAGCGAUUCUCGUCCUGACCCCCCUGGCGGUGACGACUCACCAGAGCCCUCAGAGGCGUCCGUGGAAUCGGAUGAGGCCCCUUCCAAGCGGCCUCUGUGCGAUCUCCGUGAGAUAAUCGAGGCUAUGAUGAGAAUUGCGAGAUCAAUUGGCCUGUCACACUUCCUGGGCAACGGUCGUCCGUACUACAUUCGUGUCGGGACGGUAUGCUCGGGCACAGAUGCGCCUAUCCAUGUCAUGGAAAUGUUUUCCAUGUUUAGGGAUGAGGAAGGAAACCACGUCUUUCAAGUCAGCAACGAAUUCGCGUGUGAAAUUGAGUGGUGGAAGCAAAGCUUCCUAAAGCGCAACAGCAAGCCCAAGCGAUUGUUUAGGGACGCGAGAGACUUUUCUCAGGGAGACUCAGAGAAGGCUCGCCUGGUUACAGGCGCGGAGGCAGCCAUCCCGGCUGUCGAUUUCUUCAUCGCUGGAACGUCCUGUGUAGAUUUCUCGUCGCUAAAUACCAACAAGACCAGGGAGUUUGCUGGACUCAAGAAAGCGCAGGAGAAAUGGGCGGAGUUGAAGAGAAUUCAUGGGGACAAGCUCUCCUAUGAACACCUCUCGCCUGACGAUUGGCGCUCUGCAAUUGACUCCAUGAACGCGGAAAACGAGAGGAAGAACCAGUCUGAGCAGACGUUCGCCGGCGCGAUCAAUUACAUCAAAUGCCGGCAGCCCAAAGUCGUCGUCUGUGAGAAUGUCGACAGCGCCCCCUGGCAGAAGCUUGUCGACAACGGGAUUUUCCAACUCAUGGGCUACUCAGCUACCGUGCUGAGACUCGAUACUAAGCAAUUUUACAUGCCGCAGACACGAGUUCGGAAGUACUUGAUCCUUUUCAGCCACAGGGCCUUCACGUUGGCCGGCGCGCAGGCACUGAGUAACAUGUUCCGGGGGAUCCUGCCCCAACUCGAGCAUACUCAUUCAAACUCGGUGCUCGACUUCCUGUUUCCAAUCAACAGCCACGAAUUACAAAAGGCCCGGAACGAGGUUGAGUCUGACGCCCAGGGAUCGCGCGAGCGGGAGACAGACUGGUCUAUCUCAAAGGACAGACACGCGGCUUACCGGAGGAAGCACAUUCUUCCACGCAUUCAUCUUUGGAUGCAGUGGGACCUGAGUGGCCACGCAAACACCCCGGUCACCAUGUGGAAGCCUUGGGCAAGCCGUAUGCCCCUUCGUAUUCUCGAUGUUAUGGAAUGCUUCUACCUCCACGGCCUGUACGGGAGAAGCAUUCGCCGUGGACCGUACGACAUAAGGUACAAGGCCCAGGUCAUCGACAACAGUCAGAACGUCGACAGGAUUGCCUUCGAGAUCAAGUUCGGUCGGACUGGCUGCCUGACCCCCAACGCCAUUCCUGUCAUCACGCUCGAGGCACGGCCAAUUAUUGGGGCAGAGUCCCUGAGGCUUCAGGGCCUACCGGUCGAGAAUUUCGACAUGAGCGUGGAGACGCAGGCGCAGCUCCAAGAUCUCGCCGGCAAUGCAAUGACAACGACCGUUGUCGGCGGAGUGAUCCUCGCCGCACUCACCGCGAUCGCGCGUGUUGCAGACAAAGAAGGCUACGAUUGGUUGGAGCACAUAUUUCACCCCGGCGACUUCAAGCCACUGGCCGAGAUUUUGAACUCUUUCCACCACGAUGCGGCAAACGUCGACCACGGACCGCAAAUCCCUCUACUUUUGAAGCUGUAUGCACACAGCGUCCCCAUGAACACCGAUUCAUACCCUCAAACUGCUGUCCAAGACAUUUUGGAUCUGGCCAAGCGUGUCCGUCGGCGUUGUCCGUGUCACCACAUUCUGUCCUACAGCAGCGUGGAGCUUUACGUCUGCACCGUGUGCGGCGUAAGCCAUUGCAAGAGCUGCAAGGGUAACCCCGAACACGUUCUUGCCAGGUCUAAGCAGACAUUGGAAGACAUCAACUUCGUUCCAUAUGCGCAGGCUGAGUACGAGUUCCGGAAAUGCUUUCCAGCAAUUCUGUGGAUGCAAUCUCCGACGGCCACCCUGGUAGAGAAGCUGGACAACGCGCUUCGCUCUUCGACAUGCGACAGUUCCCAGCGACACGAGUUGGCCAAGGCCAUGAUCGACGGUCUGUGCAACAGCAUAUAUCAGCUUCAGUUCGUCGAGAUCACCGACGUUGUUCGGCUCGAAUACGUCGGGGGGGCAAACUUCAGACUCAGAGUGCUCGUUGAGGAAGAUGAGGUGACCUGGUCCCUGCACCUCGAUCAAUACUGCAGCACGUCCGACCUCCUCGUUAGUGUUCUUCCGAAGGGUGAACCGAUCGCUCGGGCAAUUCUUGGGCGAGAAGAGACGAAUCUAUUCCCAGAUUCCCAAGUAUGGGAAUUUUGGAUUCCCGGUCACGUGUCUUUCCCGUUAGAGUUCGAGCUGCAAGAGGAACAGGCGUUGUCGCUAGCCAAGAUUGGUGACUUGGACAACGUGCCGGAGGAUACCAAGCAGGAAAUUAGAGGCUUGGAAGGAAGCCUCUGGGAGUUCCACCCGGAGUGUGGAUUCCCGGAGUACGCCUUGUGGGUUCACCAAGCUGAUCAGAGAAAGUACUUUCUGUUCAAAGAUGUCGAUCCUAUCGGGGCGGCAGACCAAGAUGCCUUUGUGAUCACAACUGUCAGCCGAGAGAUGGGUCGCAGGGCCCCGAUGGAGACCCGUCCGGUGCUGCUGCGAAUAUCCAAAGAGGACCAGAUCCACCGACACAUCAAAGAUGUGCUCCUGGACCACGAGCCCUUCCUUGUCGAUCCAGGUCACAAGAUUCCCGUCCUAGGCUCCGUCGGAGGCCGGUGGGCACAGUUUGGCAAUUUCGCGAUCAAUUUCACAAGCUUCCCGAAUAUGGAAUACGAUGAUGUGGAGACCAUCGCGAAGGCAGCCCCUACCUGCAUUCGCCAAACGGGAGGGCAGUCCCACGCAAAGCGUUACGAAGCCUCGUGCGACCAGUUCCAGAGCUUGCUCACGACAUCCCUGCCUAUACUCGGGAAUGAUGAACAGGUCAUCAAGAUCGAGGAGACAUUGAAGACUCUUGACCUUACCAAGCCUUUGGACGUCGCGGAGUUGACCAAACUGAUCGGCCCUCUCUAUUCCGCUGUCGAAAUGGGACUUGUCGGCGUUGGCAAGAGAGUGGUGCUCAUUCAAGAGAAUGUUGAAUUGAGCUCAGACUGUCACUCAUGUGCUCCUAGGAUUCCCGAGGUAUUCUACGUCGUCAAGACAUCAGACAAUGCCGGGGCCUCCAAAGUCAAGGGACCUGUAGUUGCUCGGCACAGGGCGGUGGACCAGCAGAACUACGAGCUGAACCUGCAGUCAAAGCCACGCCUCCUGCACAUUGAUCACAACGUAACGUCGCAAUCGCCCUUCGACCAUUUGAAAUUGAAGCGAGACAAUUUUCGCUAUGUCGAUGUCUGUUUCCUUGCUCACGGGCACGCGCUCCUUCACCAAGCUCGAGCCCACUUGCCCCAACACCCGUCGCACUUUGAGGAUACAACCUGCACCACGGGGACUUUUGCGAUGGAGGUCGCCGUCAUUGAGAAUCCUAGGACAGUCCUGAGCACGCCAAUAAUUUCUGCUCCUAGUCCAGUCCGCCUGGAAGACUCAACGCUUCCCUUGGGCUUCCAAGGCGGGCUCCAGCUAUUCAAGGAGCAGUCGGACUCUCUGCAAUGGAUGCUGUCUCGGGAGCCCGUGCAUGAACCAGAACCUUUCAUGGAGAUUGAGACCGCAGAGGUUCACCUUGAACAGCUGAGGAUGCGGGUCCACGCCGAUGCAAAGAGACCCGUUUACCGCCGCGGUAGAGUCGUGGCGGACGACGUGGGAUUCGGAAAGACCGCAGUUUGUCUCGGUCUCAUUGACGUUCAGCGUGGCACAGACAGGAAAGAGUUCAUGGAUAUGCGAAAGCAGAACCAGCAUCUCCAUGGCUUGGUCCAUCUCCAGGCAACUUUGAUCAUCGUCCCGAACCAGCUCACCUAUCAAUGGCAGAGCGAGGCGAAGCGCUUCCUGGGCACAAAGCGAUACAACAUCGUUGUUAUUACAACCUUUGCCGAAUUGCAAAAGCUCAGCAUUGCUAUGUUGAAGAAGGCAGACAUUGUCAUUUGCAGCAACAAGGUCUUCCUGGACAACAAAUACCAUUCGGAGAUGUCCGCAUACUGCAGCCCCAACGACGUUGACAAGAUUCAGACCAUGCAGAAGGUCUACCGAGCUUGGUACAAGCAGUUCCAGAGGACUCUUGAAAAGGUCCGAGAUGAAGUUGUCAAGAUUUUGGAGCUAGGCAAAGUCGUCAAGGCGGAAAUGGCCGACCUUACGGACAAACUAGAUCAGAUCAGAGCUGACCUUGCAAAGCUCGACGACGAUGAGCAACUGGCUUUCGCUCCCGCAUAUCAUAACAAGAUGAGGCAGUAUCGCGGGGGGAAAACAAGCGCUUGGCGCCCACAAAUUCUCCUCGAGAUCUUCAGCUGGUCACGGGUGAUCUGGGACGAAUUCCCGUACGAGAAUAUCCCAGUUACGGAGUUUGUGGCCAACUGUGCCACGACCUCCAAGUGGAUGCUUUCCGGGACUCCUCCGCUGAACACACUUGGCGAUGCCUGCAAGGCCGCGUACUUAUUCAACGUGCACAUAGCGAGGCCCUUGCAGUUGAUCAAGGGACGGCAGCCUCCAAUAUGCGAGAACGAGCCGCUUGCACCUCAUUCCGAUCUCGAAUCGACCGGCCUGUUCCAGAGCCGUCCGUCUUUGAAGGCAUUGAAAGAGCGACACCAGCAACUCUUGUCGUUUGUCUCGUGUUUCAUGCGAAAGAACCACCGCGAAACAGAUGUCGCCAAGAUCGAGCUGCCGGUUGUGUUGACCAUGUCGCCGAUUGCCCGGCUGGCCUACGCGGAACUGCAGAUUGAACUGCAAAGCCGGCAGUAUAAUGCCAACAACGUCGGCACCGAAUGUCGUCGUCGCUUGAUGAGCCGCAUUGACUGGAAAGGAAAGGAGAGCGGCCGCGACCGCUCCGUUGAGGCUCUCACGAUCCGUGCUUCUGCGUCGGUUGAUGACGUGCUGGAGCAGUCCGGCCUGGUUGGUCUACCCGAUAUCGAAGCUGCCCGGGGGCUCCUUUCAAACACCGACGAGGAGAUACAUGGUAUUGAAGACCGCGGCCGGGAACUGCUUGGCAAAGCCAUCUUCCUGGCGUACAGGCUAACCUUCAUCACGCUGUCCAAUGCCAAGGACGAGCUCGACGGACAGGACGAGCGGCAUCUGGACUACUACCAGAGCCUGGUAGAGAUUGUGGAGUCGGUGCUCAACAUGGACAUGAGUGUCUUCCAGAGCUGGGAUGCUUUCAGCUCUGCCAUGCGCAUUUUGAUCUGGCCAGAGCCAAUGCGACAGGCACUCGGCGACUUCAAGACGGAACCCAACGAACUGCGGAGCGUACUUCGCUUGACAUUCGAGCACAUGCGAAUUUGCGAGACUCCGACGAUCCAGCCCAGGGCGGUGGUGCAGUCGCGGAAAACGCCAGUCCGGGAACUUUACGAGAAGAACCACAAAUACUUUGAUAUAUUCAGGGACUGGAUCACGAAGACACCACUCCACACACGGAGGUGGUUCUUGAUCGACCAUGUCGACCAAUUUCAUCCCGCGGAAGAGGAACUCCUUCAUCUGGAAUGGUCCCAGAAAUUGACAUGGGAUCGGGGACACGAUGACUCGGAGCGAGGCCACUCGGGCUUCGUACUCCCGCACAAGCUCGAGGAACCCCCAAGCCGUGAUCCAAACCCUGACCAGUUCGACCUUGCGCAUUUGAAGUCACUUGACAUCGCUCGCCGGCAAAAGCUUUCUUCCGACGUGGAAAGCGAGAACCCGGUUGUCAAGGAUGCUAUGAAGCUCAUCACAGCUCGCAAGGACUGCAAGGACACCAAGGCCUUCUGGGAGGAAGAAUGCAACCGCCGGGGCCUCAUUGUGAAGGCCAUCGCCAAGAAGGAAGAGAUCAGAGCUCGGGUGGCCAGGGACAUUGCCAAGACGGCAACUGACGAGGACUACAUCUCUCCAGAGUCAUGUGGCGUGACACUUGCCGACUUUCCCCAGGAAGGGAAGAGAAAGUUCAGGGGCAGCUUUAUGGAGGUCAUAUUUGACAGCCUGAUGCAGGUGCUCGGUGACCUGACGGAUGUUCUCGAGCGCAGCGUCGUCGUGCACGCGAGGCGCAACCUCCAGUCACUCGUGGUCGAGGUCCUCGGCGGCACCUGGGCAUGUCACAACGAGCAGUGCGGCAGUGACCUUGACGCGCAUUUCGUCUCGCUAACUUGUGGUCACGUAUUCUGCGGCAAGCCGGAUGAUAAGCAGCCCUGUGGCGUUGGUCUCUGCCAGCGCAGCGUGAACAACGUAUGCAUCCCGCUCUCAGAGCUCAGGAACAGCGAGCGUGUCAUUACCGCCAGUGGCAUCUCUGGGGCCAUCACGAGCGACCCCGUCCGAUACCUCGACGCCGAUCCGGACUACAAGGGAUCCACAAAGGGGCCAAAGGCCCGCGCCAUCAUCAACCUCAUCCGGCGAAUCAGGGAUGCUGACCAGGUCGUGGUCUUUGUGCAGACCGCCACCAUGGAGACCGAGAUCUACCGCGAGCUAGCAGCGGCCAACAUCAAGCACGUCACGGCGGCGAUGCUCGUGAAGAGCGAGGCCGGAAGCCUGGAGGCGUUCAAGGACGGCAAGCACAAGGUCCUCGUGCAGACGGUCAACUCGGAGCAGGCGGCCGGCAGCAACCUGCACAACGCGAACCACGUCAUCUUCGUGUCGCCGCUCGUCAGCCGGCAGCAGGCGGACUGGGACUCGCAGAUGCGGCAGGCGCUGGGCCGGUGCGUGCGGUUCCGGCAGGCCAAGAAGGUGUACGUGUACCACAUGCUGAUGGACGAGACGGCCGAGGUGGACACGCUCGAGUGGCGGAUGAAGAGGGAGGUCGUCAUGGCGGGCGGGCAGGCCGUGGGCCGCUUCAGCGACUGCGCCACCAAGGACUUCCUCGGCCGGUACGAGGGCGACGAGACCGCCGCGCCUGUCCGGAUGGCGCCGGGCGAGGGGCGCGCGCACUCCAUCCUGCCCCGCGACGACGUCCAGUAUCUCAUGGGCGAUGACCAGCUCAGCCUGGCGGCUAUCAAGGCGUUGCGUACCAUUGAUGAGUCCAUCGCUGACAAGGGUGUUGUCGAGGGGGAGAACGACGAGGAGGUUGACCAGGUUAACCCUGAGGCCUACCUCGAGCCUUCUUACAUUGACGAGCAGCGGCGGAAUGCGAUUGCUAGGGCCAGGGCAAGGGCGGCCCGUGGGGAGGCAUCGGCCGGGGAAGCCGAGGAGGAGCUGGUCAUUCCCAUGGACGCCGAGCCGGACCGCGACGACGAGGAGCAAGACGCGCCGAUGGCCGAGGCGGGUGAUGAGUAGGACGGGUGGGACGAGUUUGAGGACAUCUUCUUCGGGGACGAUGCAUAGAUUCUCGGACUUUUUUUGCACAGAGGAAGAAGCCGAGGAUACUUGGGUGAACGAGGAGUUCUGGAAGACUCGAGUGUGCGCGUGUGGAUGUGGACAUAAUAGGCCCGGGGUUGGGCUGGAAUACGAACGGGAACGCAUCAAGCACGCAGACACGCAGACACUCACCCUAGUGCGGCAAGAUUGACUCAGGAUAUGUAGGAAAUGUGUAAUAAACGGUCAUGAAAAAAG